CUAUCGUCCUUCUCAGUGAUGGCGGCUUCGUUUGGUUCUCUCCCUGCAAGCUGUAACAACAAAUGGUAUUACACAAGGGAACAGAUCGACAACAACCCGUCUCGGCGAGCUGGACUUGAUCCCGACAAGGAGCUGUCCUACAGACAACAGGCGGCCAACCUGCUGCAGGACAUGGGACAGCGGCUCAAUGUGUCCCAACUUACUAUUAAUACAGCCAUUGUGUACAUGCAUCGAUUCUACAUGGUCCAGUCUUUCACCAGAUUUCACAGAAAUGUUAUUUCUCCGGCCGCACUCUUCCUCGCUGCAAAGGUCGAGGAGCAGCCCAGAAAGUUGGAACAUGUUAUCAAGGUUGCCCAUGCAUGCCUCAAUCCUCAGGAUCCUUCACCAGAUGUACGCAGUGAUGCCUACCUGCAACAAGCCCAAGACCUGGUCAUUCUUGAGAGCAUAAUACUCCAGACCUUGGCUUUUGAAAUCACCAUUGAUCAUCCACAUACUCAUGUUGUCAAGUGCACUCAGCUUGUUAGAGUUGUUCCAGCAAGUAAGGAUCUGGCUCAAACAUCCUACUUUAUGGCCACAAACAGUCUCCACUUGACCACGUUCUGCCUGCAGUACAGUCCGCCGGUCGUGGCCUGCGUGUGCAUCCAUCUCGCCUGCAAAUGGUCCAACUGGGAGAUCCCUGUGUCUACAGACGGCAAACACUGGUGGGAGUAUGUCGAUCCCACAGUUACCCUUGAGCUGUUGGAUGAGCUCACACAUGAGUUCCUGCAGAUUCUUGAGAAAACCCCCAGCCGGUUGAAAAGGAUUCGCAACUGGAAGGCUGGAGGUCAGACACCGAAAGCCAAGCCCAAAGUCCAGGAGGACGGUGACCAGAGGGAUACCAUGAUGAGCAUGAUCUCCAUGGCCUCAUCAGAGAGCACCGUGGCUGGCUUGAUGAGCCUCUCUGCUCCCCCUUCUGCCUCCUCUUCCUCAUCUGCCGGUGACAAGGACAGGGGGGAAGCCGGCAGCGCUGCGACUUGGAGUGGAAAAGGUCAGCCUGUACCUGAGCUCAACAACGAUGUGCAUGUUCCAGCUAAAGUGUCACUAAGUGAAUACCGAGCCAAGAACGCAGACGUCCUGGCCGCCCAAAAGAGGAAGCUGGAAAACAUGGAGGCCAGUGUGAAGAGGGACUAUGCCAACGCUGCUCAGGCCCUCAUCGGACAGCAGCAGAGGAAGGAUAAGCACCAGCAUCAUCACCAGCAGUCCAGCUCCUCUUCCUCUGACAACCCUUCGCCCAUUAUCCUGAAGAUCCCCCUGGAGAAGGAGAGGCACGAGAGGACGUCUCUGAAAAUCCGAUUCCCCUUAGCCGGGGGAGGAGGAAGCAGCGCCAAGGGUCAGGAACAGGACAUCAAAGUCAGAAUACGAGUGCCUGAGAAGCAGAGGGGGAGUUCAGGAGAGGAGGGCAAGAGCAGAGACAAACACAGGGACCGCUCAAACCACCACCAUCACCACCACCACCACCAUUCCUCCUCCACCAGUGCCUCUCUCGCCUCCUCACACAAACACUCUAACUCUAGCGGGGCUGUCGGGGGCAGCAAAAAGGUCGCCAGUGACUCCUCUAGAACGAGCUCCUCUUCUUCUUCUUCGGCGUCUCGUAAGAGGACACACUCCCAGGAGCCCACAGCAGGACCUCUCGCUGCUUCUAAAGUCAGCAAGUCCUCCAGGAAUGCCUACCAGAUACCCGCCCUGUCUUCCUCCUCCGGGCAAAUUCUGGGGCACAACCCUGACAUUCUCCCCGCCCUGGGCCUCCCCCACCACCAAGGGAGCUUCCCGCACUCGAAAGGCGACAAAACGGACACGAACGGGCACGGUGCGGUGGGCGGACCCCAGUCGAACGAGUACCAAGACACUUUUGAAAUGCUAAACUCUCUUCUGAGCGCGCAGGGGGUCCAGCCUGCCCAGCCGUCCAUGUUUGACUACAGAUCCCAGUAUGGGGAGUACCGGUUCAGCGGGGGCUCCCGAGGGAACGGCAAGCCACCACCCCUCCCUUCAGAACCUCCUCCCCCACUGCCUCCGCUGCCCAAAUAAUUUCCUGAUCAGGAGACGUAUUAUGUACAUUGUACUUGGCAUCUUGUUACAUAUGGUAUUGUAUUUUUUUUUUUUUUCGAAGUCGCCCAGCAUUUUUAAUAGUUUCAGUGUGACAGCAGUAAAAUGUACUGGCGUGCGUGAUGCAUAACUAUUUUUGGUUUUUACACUUCACACGUGGGGCAAUAAUAACAGGCUUUUAAAGCUUGCAAAAUGUGAGAAAAAAAAUACAGGAAGGUGUAGAUAAAAUGUUUUGCUUUCUGUUUAACUCAACCGAAUUGUGAUGAGGGGACCUGGUAUUUUUUAGCAACACUGUCAUGGUCUUGAAAUCACGAGGAAACUAAAAGAUUUCCAUCACAUACAUGUUAGGUCUCAUUACGGAUUGUCUUUUUAUAAUGAAUUUAUAGUAUGUUAUUUAUUAAUUGAAUGCUUUUUUAAGAAAAAUAAAAAAACUGUCCCCUUUUCUACCUUUUUUUUUUUAAGGUUUCCCUCCCUUUGUUCUUUUUUUUUGGGGGCAGAGUGAUGUUUCCUCAUCAAGACUGUACAGGCUAGUUGGACAGUGCAUGUCUCCAAAGCCAUCUUUUCAAUAUUUUUGUCUCUUUUUUUUAAAACAGCCAUAACCCCAAAAAAAGGUGACUGCCCACCCCUGGUGUUUUAUGUGUUUGAUUUCCUUCAUUAUUUGGCAAAACCUGUACAAAAACUGUAAAAUGUUUAAAACAACAUGAACUACUGUUUUAUAUUUUGUUAAGAGAAAAUGCAAAAAAACAUGUAAAUUACUGAAGCUACUUUUUUUUGUCUUUUAGAUUUAUUUGAGUGUUGCAGUCAUUGUUUUAAAUGGUUGUAAAAUCUUCAUAUAUUCAGUUGUCUAAUAAUUACACUAAUGGACAAACUUCUAACCAAGGAUGUACAUCUAUGGUUUUAUCAAAAGAGUUCAAACAUGUAUGGUAUGGUAUGGUCACAAUGAAGGAAUUGCAACAAAGAAAUCCCUCUAGAGAAGAAAUGUGAGUUUUUAAAUCCUGUCAUGUCAUUUGUCACUGUUUCCUCUGGAGGGCGAGUCUUUUUGUGGUGAUCGCGGCUUAAUGCAGAGCAACUAAUAGGCAGAUUUAGUACAACAUUUUAAGUUGUGUACUCUGCGGAGCCCUGAAACUGUCAGAUUUAAGAUGAAACGUUUUUCUGCUGGUGCUCACUUUGUAGUGACCAUAUCGAGCACAAUCUCAAAUAAAAGUAUUCACAAUACACUAUAUCAAAAAGUGAUCAAAAGCCAUUUGUCUGUUUUGUUUUUUUGUCUUUCAUUUAUGCAGUUUCCUUUUGAAAAUGUCUAAACUCCAGUGUAUGCUUGUCAAUUCAUGCUCGUCUGGUUUAAUCAUGUUGAAGCUGUCUUUAAUUGCAUACUUUGAAACAAAAAAAGUGGAUAUUAAGCUUCAGAUUGUUGUUUAUAAUCCGUUUGUAAGCCAUGAUUAAACAAAAGUUUGCAUGUGUUCUUUAGUUUUGUAAAUCAAACAUGUCAAACUAAUUAUCAACAUCCCUCCACUACAGGGUCAUGAGCAUGAAGUCAAAUAAUUAAUGAAUUUGUGAAAAGAAUAGUGGAGGAGGGGCCACUUGUUGGCAAGAGCAUCGGGUAUCAUCUGUACAUUUAAUUCAUAUUAUCUUUCUGUGGUUUUGCUUGUAUAGUAUUACUGCUCUUUACCUGCUUUUUUUUUUUUUGACAGUUUGUAAUCCAACAUUCAUGUGUUUUAGGCAGUUUACAGUAAUGCAGUACAACAAAUCAUCAGCCAUACAAUUGUAAAAUAUUUUUGUGCCCUUUAUUGUAUGAAAUCUAAGUUUAAAAAGGUACUGAUCUUUGCUCAGGCAGCAGAGGUUUUAUUGGGUUUUCAACUCUUGUGAAAGGGAAACAGUAAAUGCACUGAAUAUUUAUCAGUAGGUUUGCCUACAAUGCAAAUGAGAAAGUAUUACAUGUAUAACGGUUAGACUAUUAGAAAAGAAGACAAAUAUAUUACCUUCUCUGAUAGUCUUUUUAUUUGAUCUCCGACACAUCUUCAAAUUUUUUCAAAAAAUCAAUGUUAUGCUUUUAGGAAAGUCAGCAUACACACAUUUCAAUAAAACCUGUAUGUGAAAAUGAAAGACACUCAUGCAACCUAACAAUGCAAAGUCACAUAGCUCCAAUAAGUUCAAUGUUUUGUUUUUUCAUGUCUUGGUGUUUUUAGUGACACUCAGGUCUGGAAAUGAAACGUUUUGGAAUUUUUGUUUUCUGUUAAAACGUUAUAUGUGAACCCUGUUCUUUUUGAUAUAAUGUGGUUGCUUUAUUCUCAAAUAAAAAGACAAUAAAUAUUUUAAGAAAC